CUUAACUUAAUAUUUACAAAAUAUAAAGUAGAAAUGUCAAGCGCAUGAGAUGUGUGCCCAGCGAUCUUAAAUCUGCUAUCUUCUUGCCCCACAGUCCCAUUCGAGAACUUCUUGGAAAGACCAACAGAGUUCUUGACAAGCCUUGUGAUGGCUCUGUCCAGUGCCACGCUGGUGUUUGAUAUUCUCUUGAUGGUGAUACUAGCAAAGACAUGGGGGAAUAGAGCAAAUGUUCUCAUUGCUUAUCUUACUCCUGUAUUGCUGGGUAAUUUUGUACUUAAGCAAAUAUUUCAGGAUCCAAGGCCUGAUCUAGCAUGCAGCACUACUUAUGGGAUGCCAUCUGGACAUUCUACAGCAGCAGGAGCUAUUUUUAUCACAGUGAUGAUUCUGUAUCAGCAACAUGUGAUAAGUUCUUCUCACUUUACAUUGUUCUAUGGACUCAGGAUGCCUCUGCAAGCUUAUAGUCGGAUCUACCUUCACUAUCACACUGUGAGACAAGUCUUAGUUGGGUUUCCUUUAGGAGCUGUCUUUGCCUUAGUUCUGUAUCAAUAUUUCCCAAUAUCUGCAAAGAAACAAGAAAUCCCAAGAAAAUUUGUUCUGAAUGAAAUCCCAGAACAAUACCGUUUGAUUAGACUUCAGAAUGAAAAGUUUGAGUCUUUAAUGGUAUAAAUACAUAGUAAAAUUUGGCAAGCA